CGUUUCCUGAAUGAUGCCGCGUGUUAAAGGAUUAAACGACGAUUUGUACGCUAUUUAAUUUUGCUGGUGGAAUCGGUACUCACAGAUUCUAACAAGAUGUUGGAUGUAAUGUAAGCUGACGGAAUCCGAAUAUUUGGGACAAAGGACCAGGUUGAAAAACAUAUACGUCAAUAUGGCUAUCAUAAAAAGGACGGGGGUGCUGGUGCUGGCGACGAUGGGCGGAGUGUCCGCCAGAGUUGCCGGCAAGAUGGGCGGUUACUCCAACAAAAUGGGUGGAAAAUCUACGAGUGGUAUAAACGAGGAAAUCAUCUGGAUUAGUAUAAGCAUGGCGAUCGCGAUUGCUGUGCUCAUAGCAAUCGCUCUCUGCUAUAUCUUAAAAGAAAAAUGCACGAAGCGGGCAGCCUACCGCGAGCAAUCAUGACGAUAUAAAGAGGAGUUCGCGAAGCAUGCCCUCACGGACUCCCUUUCUGAACUUGAGUUCCCUGCGUAUACACUCUACCCACAGUAUUCUCCCGAUGGUACAGAGUACUUCUAUAAUUUCCACCGCUUCACAUAUUUGAGGGACAGUUUUAAAUUACCCCCAAAAGAUUAUCAGGACGACUAUGCCAAGAACUAUCCAAUUUGUGGACAAGAAGACAUAUAUAUAAAUGCGUGAUUAGUAUAUUGUAGA